GGAAGUAGAAUUCGGAUCAUUCACUGAGGUAAAAGUCACAAGACAGUAAAGUAAUAUUUCAUUACAAGUAAAAGCACUACGACAGUGAAGUAGAAACACUCAAUAAUUAAAUUAAACAAACUCCGACAGUAAACCCUAAAAUAAACAACAAUAUCUAGGACUGAAAAGCAGCACUGAACGGCCCGAGCACAUGCAUUUUGAAGCGUUGCAUGAGCUUUGCGCACUGCGGAGAGGAUGAACGCUUCACUUCCUGCGUCCGUCAAGCGAUGUUGACCUUCAUCAAAAACAUAGAACAGACUGCACACAUUGUCUGGUGGUCUCCAGAUGGAGAUAAAUAUGUGGUGGUGGUAGAUGACGAGGUGAACAUCUACGACCUGGAGACGGCGUCGGUGAGGGGAACAAUCACGAACCCCAAAAGAAUCUCGUCGUGUUUAAAUAACUCACUCGAGAGCUUUCAAAGACCAAGAGAGUUCGAAUUGCGACGGAAGUAGUCGUUCUGGAAGACGAGAGCAAACCCAGAAAGAAGAAGAAAAAGGCCGUUGGAAAAUUAAAUGAGCAGCAAUAAAGAAAACAUCUUUCAAAGAUCUACAUGCACUCUUUUAUAUGUUUGAGAUGUUUUUUUUGUUGAACAUGCUGGUACCUGUAAUGGACACUGGGGGGUGCUACACACCAUUUUUCACAGUUUUCAAGAUCUGACUGUUCUUGAGAUCCAUUAUUUUUGCUGUCAAUACUGAAAAGAAAAAUUCUAUUUGUUAGAUAUCAUUAGAUUCCAGUUAUCCAGCCGUUGUCCUGACUAGUCUCACUAAGAGUUAUUACUUCUAUCAGAAGACUCACCAACCUACAUAUAACGUUUACUUGAGUGUCCCCAAGCAGUGGCGAUUUUAGCCUGAAAUUUCUGGUGGGCCAAUUUU